AUUGCAUUGCACUUGGCUGUGGUACUUUAGAGACAAUAACAGCACCUUCUUGUUUUCAUAGGAACUCUUCAAGCAACUACCACGACAGAGAAAGCUUUCCAAUGAUGUCAAGCAAGAAGCGCAAAAGUUGCUGUCAUUACAAGCAAACAAGAAGAUGGUUCAAGAUAAACUGUCAAACGAAACAGGCCAAGUGGUUCUUUUAAAGGACCUGAGCAAUCUAUCUACGCUAAUGAAGAGUGGCAGUACCCGUAACAACUUAGAAGGUACUGUCAAGGAACUGACAGAGCAAUAUGGUAGGUUAUUAUGUAGGUUUUAAAUGCUGUAGAAUGUGUUGUUAAUGUGCAUUUGGGGUGGUCACGUGUAGGUUCAAGUGUGCAUGUAAUGACAAAUGACCAAAAAGAACUAUUGGGAGCCCAUUUUCAAGAUGACCAAAUGAAAAAGGCAUUCGAUGCUUACACUGAGAUAUUAUUUAUUGAUGCCACCUACAAGCUUCUUGAGCUGCGGUUCCCAUUAUACAUUAUCCUCAUAGAAGAUGGCAAUGGGCAAAGUGAAAUUGCAGCAGCAUUUUUGUUACUUGAAGAGAAGAAAACAUCACUAUCAAAAAUCAUGUCUAUUUUUAAAGAAAACAAUCCAUCCUGGACAGCUACCAGAGUUUUGAUGGCAGACAAGGACAUGACUGAACGUGACGUACUAGCAUCAAAUUUUCCAAAUGCUGACCUUUUGAUUUGCCUCUACCACACUCUCACGUCAUUUCGACGAGAGAUUUCUUGUGAAAAAAUGGGCAUCACAUCAGGUCAGAGAACCAUGUGUUUGGAACUUCUGCAGCAAAUGGCAUAUGCCACAAAUGAAGUAAAAUAUACAGAAUUGUAUUCUCGUUUCAAAACCUGCGCUCCUGCAGCUGUAAUCGACUACUUCAACAAGCAGUGGCAUCCCAUUCGUAAGCAAUGGACAAUGGGUAUGAAAUACAGCACAGGCAACUUCUUGAACGCGACCAACAAUAGACUUGAAUCACUAAAUGCCAAAUUAAAAUCUGUCAUUCCCCGCUUUUCCUCCAUGGAAACAUUCACUGAGAAUUUCUUUGUUAUUCUGAGAGUACUACAGUCAGAACGAGAUCAUAAUGCAAGUCUUUCAGUUUUGAAAGUGCCCACUGCAUUUCAUUCAACCUCUGAUGAAGCAAGCAAGCAUAUUAUGCUGUGCCUUACUCCCUAUGCCUAUGAGUUGGUGAAAAAGCAAAUGGAUAUGAUUGCAAAAGUAGCAUUAAAAUGUGCAGAAAAUCAGCAGUAUCAUGUGUCCUCUAGUGAAGGCAAUAUUACAGUAACUGCAACCUCAUGCCAGUGUCUAGGAUGGCUUUCAAUGAGGCUCCCAUGCCGUCAUAUACUGUCAAGGGCUGACAUUGGCAUGAGCUUAUUCGACGAAGGAUUAUGUGACAAAAGGUGGACACUACACUACUUCAAGUCAAUGCACAGUAUUUUCAAAGAAUUUUGCCAGCAAUCAGUCGACUGUCUCUUUUGUUACUAGUUCAUUGCCUCAAACACAUAACUUAGCACAACCACUCUCUCAGGUUUGUAUUACAUGGCUAGAACUUCAACAACAUUGCCUGCAGUAUGCUCUGGUUCAGUUUCAGAAAUCUAAACUUGUUUCAAGAGUCACAAGUAAAUUAUCUACCCUAGCUUCAGAAGACUCUGGACUAACCUUUACCAAGCGAUUAGAAUUGUUGAAACAAUUAGUUACAGCAUGGGAAAAUGGAGAAACAGUUGCAUUAGUCAAUGGUAAGACCUAGUGGCAUUAUGUAUACAAACUGUGUGCAUACACCAAUAAUGUGAGCAAAUACACAUGCGCAUGCUGAUGCAACAAGUAGGCACACACAUUGUACAUAUUUACUUUGUUAAAGACAAAAUGGUGUCAGUUUUGUUUUGACAAAUACCUAAAUGUGUGCAGAUCC